GGUAGAGUCCGCUAAUGCAUUGGGGCAUUUUUGACGGUGUCGGUAUUUCAGAACAGUAGACAGAAAAAUACAUUGUAUGCACAGUCUGUACAUAUUUAAAUCUGUGCUUCAUAUCGAUUACCUGUUCUAUUUGUUGUGCUUACAUAUACUACUUGCCUACGAUUGAGGGUUUAAAGAGGUUAUUUAAGAAAGAUUGAUUUUAUUAAUAAGUAAGAAGAAAAUGUAUUCGAAAACUGUUAAACAUAAUCAAAUCUGACAGUUACAAUUUAGUUUUUAACUUGAUAAUACACGUCAAUAAAUGUUGUACAAAGAAAGAAACACCUGUCAGGUUAAUAAGACAAUGAUUAAUUAAUAAUGAUUAAUUAUGACUUAAUAAUUAUUUGAUCAAGUGAUUUAUGAGAAAAAUGAUGGAACACCUUCCAGCACCAGAAAGAUAAUGUACGAAUGUAAAAUAUUUAAACAAUUAUAUGUGGCUUUAAUAACCAUACUUUAAACACACUUGUAUGUAAACAUGGCACAAAUACAAAGUCCGGGCGCUGAUGGACUACCAAAACAUUUUGUUACUGCUAUGCGAACACUUUUUGAUAUAAUGGACGAUCAGAAUACAGGAUUUGUUAAGUUUUCCGAUAUUGAAGACAGAUGGCAAGAUGAUGGAACACAGGGUCUUCCAAAAGGUGUUUUAGAUAGUCUUAAGAAAGUUACGCCAUCCAAUGGUUUGUUAUCUUUUGAGAGGUUUUGCACUGGAUUAAAAAUUUGUUUACUACAAAUUCAAGCAGAAUCUGAUCCAAAAAAACAUAGUGGUCAACCAAAUAGACCACCGUCUGCACCUAUUCUUAUACCUGACAGUCAAAAUAAAACAACAUGGAUAUCUCCAAAUACAGCAACUAUACGACCAAAUAACGCCAUAUCUCAACAACGAACUUUAAGUAUGCCACAGUUAUUAGCAGGUCGCAAAGAUACCAGUGCACAAUUAGAAUUAAUGGAUGUCAGAAGUGGAACUGAAUCAAAGUUACAUAAAGCAUAUGGACCUCCGAAACCUCCAAGGACAGGUGCUGCAUUGGAAGUUAGAACUAUUAAUACCGAUAGAAAUUUUGAUAAAUCUGAGAUUCGAACGGUAUUGCAAAAUUGGCAAAUGGGUUUGUUAAUGAAUGAUGAUAAAACUAUAGAAAAACGACAGUUACCAACAGUAAAUUAUAAACCAGAUACAAGAACAUUAUUAAGAUCAACUCGUGUAUUGGGUGAUGGUAAAGCAGUUGAAUUACAGAACAAUCAAGUUGGUUUCCAACUAAAAAAGUCAUUAAAUAGACGUAGAGAACCUAGACGUCACACGUUGCAGAAUGGUAUUGAUUAUAAUAUGAUGAAGAGGAUGAAACAAAUCGAGCAAGAGAAAGAUGUCUUACUUCAAGGUUUAGCUGCAGUUGAUAAAGCUAGGGAAUGGUAUUUGAAACAAAUCUCUGCUACUCAAGAAAAAAUCAAACAUCUUGGACGUAUGGGAUCCCAUGUGGAACAGUGGACAGAAGCACAGCAAGAACGAUUAGAAUUGCAACGUGCUCGAGUACUAGAAGUUAAUAAACACCUGGCAGCGCUGAUAAGUAGCUGGGAACGUGGCGGUCUUCCACUUCAUAUGAAUCUUGCUUUUCUUAGUACCCCAACAUCUACCCAACUCCAACAAGAUAUGCUUUCCGGACUUAAGCAACAAAAUCAUAGAUUAACAGAAGAAGUUAACAAAAAAAGCCAACGAAUAGCAAUACUUGAACAAGAAAAAGAUAACUUGGUGCGAGAAUUAUACAAUAGGCAAGGUGGUAUGGUUCAGUCUCGAAGAGCAACAAUGAUCCACGAACAACAUGACCAAACAUUCAUGUAAGAAUAUAACUAAGAUGAUUAUUACAAAGAAGAAUUGCUGCUGAAGAUAGAAACGACGAGUUUUUAUGUGAAAUUAUAUGUCUUUAUAAAACUAAACGAAUGAUAGUUAUAUUCAAGCUUUAGAUUAAGUUUGUAAAAAUUUGUUAAAUAUUCAAGGUACUAAUAUUCAAAUUUAGAUAUAUAAUGUAAACAAAGUGCCUUAAAACUUCCAUAAUCCGUCCAAGAAUCUAAAGAUUAUUACAUUUCCGUAAAUAAAUUAUUAUUCUAAUUAAUAAACAGUCUUGACCCAAUUACUCAUUCUGUUGCAAAAUCAUAGUUUAAAUUACUUCAUAAAAUUCAAUCGAUAGCACUGUGUAUCUAACGCUGAUUUUGUUUCAUGUUGUUAUCAAAAUAUUUUAUAAGAAAAUUACACAAACAUAUUCUGCAAGUUCCGUGAUACAUGCCACAUCUACUUCCGGAAGUACGACCAUAAUGUCAAAUGUUAUCGAACAACAAAGAGUGAUAAUAUGUUUCU